CCCCCGCCGCCGCGCCCGGAGCCCGCCAGAGGCGCCUCGCCGGAGGGCGGGCGGGCGGGCGGCGGAGCCGUGGCGGCCACGCCGUGGGCAGGCGGCUGGCGGAGCUGGAGGACGCGGCGCGCCGAGACCGGUGCAGGAUCGGCGACAUCGGCGAGGCAUGCGGCCGCGGGCUGCGAGGGCUGCACGAGGAGGCCGGGCCGCCGGGCCGGCAGCCGAGGCGAGGCGUCCCUGCAGCGGCUGGAGGCAGAGCUGGGCCAGAGGAUCUCGGAGCUCGAGGCCCGUGGGGGUGCGCUGGCGCGCUCGCAAGACGAUCUGCGGCGGGCGCUGGAGAUGCAGGAGGAGAGGCUACAAAGCCACCUGGGUAUGCUGGCGCGGCAGGACGACGUGCAGCGGGGUUCCGCGGAGCUGGAGGAGAAGACGCGGCGCAGGCUGGACGAGCUGGCCACCGUCCUGAGGCAAACCCAGGCGGAGCAGAGAAGGCGCGAGGACGACGGCCGGCGCAAGCUGUCCGAGCUCGAGGCCGUCGCGAGCCAGAGCCAGAGGAGGCUCGGCGAGCUCAGCGCGGCCUGCGGCGAGGCGCUGGCCCUGCUAGAGAAGCGUGUGGAUGGCGUGACGGAGCAGUUGGCCACGGGGCCUGAAGGGCAAGGACGUGGCCUCCGACUGGCUAUGUUCCACGAGCGACUGGAGGCACUCGAAGGCUUUGCCGCCCCUUAGGCCGGGAGAUCGCCGCCAGCCGCUGCGACGAGCUGGGCGCGGCCUGCCUGGCGGCGGUCGACGCGAGCGUGAGGGCCCAGG